AGAACCAAUGUCGUCAUAUUCGUCCGCCGUGAACCAGCUCUGCUUCGGAAGGUCGCCAGUCGUAACCUAGCUGGCUGGGAGUAUACACGCGGUACUUGACAUGUCUGAACCAUGGCUGUACCCUACAGUUUUGCUGUGUGUUUAUGGAUUUUUCUCAAGUCUCAGACCUUCGGAACCUUUUCUUACCGCAUAUUUAAUGGGACCUGAAAAGAAUCUUACUGAGACGGAGGUUGUCAAUGAGAUUUAUCCAGUAUGGACAUAUUCAUACCUGGCACUCCUGUUUCCGGUCUUCCUUGCUACGGACUACCUCCGCUACAAGCCCGUGAUCAUUAUCCAGGGGGCCAGUUUCAUUGUGACCUACGUGAUGCUGGUGAAGGUCCAAGGCGUGCUGGCCAUGCAGUUCAUGGAGUUCUUCUACGGGGUCGCCACGGCGACGGAGAUAGCCUAUUACUCGUACAUAUACAGUGUGGUGGACCCGGCGCAGUAUCAGCGAGUGACCGGCUACUGCCGCAGCAUCGCGCUGGUGGGCUCCGCCGUCGGCUCGCUGAUCGGGCAGGUGCUGGUGUCCGUGGCGCAGGUCCGCCUGAUCUAUCUCAGCGUCAUCACGCUGACUUCGGUGGUGGUGGGCUUCGGCGCCCCCUGGUUUCUGCCCGUGGCCAGCGAGAGCUUGUUUUUCCACCAGAGAAACGGCGGCCUGGGCAAGGAAGCUGCGGACGAGAGGACUGGCGAUGUGGCUGUAGCUUUGAUGGAGGAGGCGGAAUGUAAGGUUCCAUGCCGGGAGGGUGAGCCUGGUGCAGUUUUCAAGGAGAGGAAGCUCGGCUGGGGCAGGAGCGGUGAGCUGGUGGACGUGCUGAGGACUCUGUGGGGUGACUUCCUGCAGUGUUACUCUUCCUGCACCCUGCUGGCCUGGUCCGUGUGGUGGGCCCUGUCCACCUGCGGCUACUUCCAGGUGGUCAACUACACCCAGGCCCUCUGGGAACAUAUUCUGCCCUCCACAGAGUAUGAGAUCUACAACGGCUAUGUGGAGACUGUCUCCACUCUUCUAGGAGCAGUGGCUGCCUUCGGGGUGAGCUUUGUGAAGAUCUCCUGGGCAACCUGGGGCGAGCUGGCGCUCUGCGCCUUCUCCGUCGUCAUCGCCGUGGCGGUGUACGUCAUGGACACGGUGCGCAACAUUUGGGUGUGCUACGCAGCCUACGUCAUCUUCAGGGGAACUUAUAUGCUGCUCAUCACCAUAGCAACGUACCAGAUUGCUGCUAACCUCUGCAUGAGGCGGUAUGCCCUUGUGUUUGGAAUGAACACUUUUAUCGCCCUGUUACUGCAGACCCUGCUUACUUUGAUUGUGGUGGAUAGCGUUGGGCUGGGCCUUGAUAUUAUUCCACAGUUUAUGAUCUACGCCAGCUACUUUGCCGUGAUCGCCAUCGUCUUCCUGGUGGCCGGGCUGUACAAGGUCGUGCUGAGAUGGCGGAACGGGCCCGACGGGCAGAGCGACAGUGGGGAGACGGCGUCGGACUCCUCGGGGGGAGACCCGCAUCUCAGCAACGGCAAGGCGGAGCAGAACUCCGGAAACCUGGCCGUCCCUCGUCCCUCGCCACUGAUCGAGCCAAGGGGCCGAGCUUUGGGAGGUCCAUGACCAAAAGACAAGAAUUAGUGUGUGUCUUAAGACUGCUGACCCGUUGAGCACUUUGAUUUUCCGAAUCAGCUACGUGGCCUUGGGGAGGAGAUACCUCAUGCCGUUAACUUGUGACACCGUUAAAUCCAGGGGAUUUAGAAGGCCUAUUUUCAGGCUUAAACAACAAAGGUACUUUCUUGGUCAAUAAUGAAGCCUUUAUUUGAACAAUUUAUUUGCACAUGGGCACAACAAACCAUUAUUUCUUCUUGUUCUCCGUUACAUUUGCCUUACUUCGAAACAGUGGCGUAAAUAUAUUUGGCUUUAGCCGCGUUUACAGUUUAGAGCCGGUAUCGUGUUUCUU